UUGAGUAUAUAAAUAAUAUUGAUAACAAGUCGCAACAAAUUGAAAAAAAGUUCAUGUUUACAAAUUCAUUGAAGGCCCUGAAUGUGCCAGUGAUAUGUAGUGAAUUGUUAAUUCUGCAAGUAGACAUUAAAAAUUGCAAAUUGGAAACAACUGGGGGAAUUAAUUAAAAAUAAAAAUCCCGGUUGAGAUGGAUCGACGUAAAUUGAAGCCUCAUCGAGGACUGCAUCAGAACCUUCUGGGGCCGUCGACGUCGACAUCAUCAGCUGCAGAUGCAGGUGAGUCCGAAGACAUGUUCAGUUCGUCCCACCGGAGUUGCACAUCCUCGCAGAGGCAAUCAAGCCUGCAACUCCUCAGGAAGAGGACGCAGACUCCAACUCUCACGGAGGAUGAGGAUACCAAGAGUCAGGGGAAACGUGCGAGGGUUCAGACAACGAGAGGUUCCCCGGUGAAGGGCCCCAGGCAGGAAGGGAACACGGAGAGACCCUCCCAGAGGGAAUCCUCCUCGAGGUUGGGAAAUAUCGGGUCUCAGACGCGAGAGAAACGAAGGGAAGGGCACCUAGGGGCUCCAGAAAUUUCUCAGGCGUGGGAAAAACAGAAGGAAAGGCCCAUGGAGAUUUCCCAAGUGUCACAAAGACAGAAGGAGAGGGCCCUGGAAGUUCCCCAGGCGUCACAGGUACGAGAAAAACAGACGGAAAAACAUCUCGGAGUAUCGCAGAAAUCUCCCAGACGUUCUACACCUGUCAAAUCCUUGAGACUCCCCCAGGUCUCCCCUGAGAAGCUGUCGCCCUCCAAGAACCGCGAUCCUAGGUUCUUCAAGCGUCCUGCGGGAAUCUGGUCGUCUCCUCCAGAGAGCGACAAGGAGAAUCAGAACUCAAAAUCGAAAUCCAGAGCUUCCAGAGUGAUUCUGUCAGACUCCGACGAUGAGGAGCCUCAGAAGCCAAAAGAAAAAACUCUUUUUGAGAGGUUCCUCGAUCAAUCAGGGAUCAGACCCUCCCUGGACAACGACGAACAGUACACAAUAUCGACGAACCCUGCUGGAGUAGUCAAGAAGAUCCAGGAGGUGCUCUCUGGAAGUUUCACGAAGGCCGGGGUCCUGGAGGACUGGAAAAAGAGCCUGGAGGAGAUCUCCAAUAUGAAAAAGUAUCUGAACCCAACGGUGAUAGAGCAGGAGGGCCUAGUCUCAGUGAACAAUGUCUCCCUCGUGAGAAUUCUCCUCCAAGUACCCCUGAUCCAAACCGAAGUCCUCAGCAGUCUUCUACGUCGUCUAAACGAAGAAGUUCUCGUUGCUGACUCCCUAGAGGACGUCCCUUGGGCAUGUGCCCUCCUCUCCCAAUUGAGAUUCCUGGAGAUCGUGGCGGAUGCUGACACCAUGACCUCCAGCCUCGAGGAACUGCUCGAGUCCUCUCCAGACUGGUUUAAGAGGGAGCUCAUCGCUUAUCUACCUGAUAUAGUUACCGAUUCCCAUCACCAGAGUAUCGCUGAUAUUCUCUGCAAGCUCAUGGAGACUGAUAGUCGUCUCAACCAGGUGAUCUUGGGGUGCAUCACUGGGUUGACACUGGGUAAGGAGUACCUCGAAGAGCUUAGAGACAAAGUACUUCUGAUUAUGCCGGAGAAUACGGAGAUAUCGGAGGUUCCCGCGAUGGUGAAGUUCUGUUUGUACGAGUGCCCCAGCGUCGAGGUCUACCAGAAAGUCCUAAAGGUCAUCCGAGAUCUGGAACUCCAGCCAGACGACAACACGAAUAAUGAGGAGUGUUUCACGAGCCAGAUGAUAAUCGUCAGCACUCUGAAAAUGACUUUUGUGAUGACUAAGGCAGCUUCCAAGGCUGCUCUCAGUAUUCUCUCAGAGGCUGGGUCCAAUGACAAGCCCCAGGUCCUGGAUUUGGUGAUGAUGCUGCUACUUUGCAGGGACACAUUCAAGAAAAAAUCUGCGGAGAACGUUUUCAAGAAGCACGUGAAGAGUGGGUACUACAGGGCGAGCUUACUAUCCUCGUUUUAUCGAGACUACGAGCAGGUGGCCAAGGACUUCCAGCCCACAGCCCUGAGUCUCGCCAGUUGUCUCUUGAAGUCUGAGGACCAGACACUCGUGAAUUUUGCUGUCGAGUGGUUCAGGCACCAGUUCCUCGCUCACAGUAAAAUCUUCCUGAUGCAGACGGAGAUAAUUAAUAAAUUAAUUCUCCUGAUGGGAAACAACGAUCACACAGCCAGACACGCACUGUCAGUCCUUUGUAAAAUGACAGAGAGUCCUGAGGACAAGGAACAGCUCCAGAGACACUGUAACGAGCUCACUGUACUCAUGGAGAAGAUCGAUAAGUUCGACCUGGAGGAGGUAGCGACGAUGAGCGAUCUUCUUCAUGCCCUCUGUACCUCGAGCAGUUCGUCGGAGGCUCUAAAGGACGAUCUCUUUAUUCUACUCCAGAAGCAGUUGUCCAAUACUGACGCUGUUGUCAAGUGCAAAGGAGUUGUGGGUGCUGUGAUGGCGAUAAAGCACUUGGUGAAAAACGACGAGACCAUCGGGCAGGCGAGGGAAAUCCUGAGAAAGCUAGAGAUAAGCACGAAAGACUGCCCCAGGGGACAGGCACUCUACUACGAUAAAAUGGGGCAAGUGAUCGCCAAUGACACCAGUAUAAACCAAGAAUUCGUGAAGGAGCUGACUAAGUCCCUUGAGAAUGAACUCGUUACCCAUUACAUGACUGACCGUGACAACUAUCGAGGGGAUUUGGUCCCCUGUUUUGCCCUCAAUCACUAUGAGGAGGGAGAGACCGAGGAUGAGAUGUUUAUCCAUUUCGGAGAGAGCAGGUAUGGGGCAAUAGUUCCUGCUCUCUUCAGAAUCGUGAGGAUUGGAUAUUUGCGCAUCAGUGAAAACCACGAUCUCGAGGAUGUAAGUGCAGUCCUGGGUACUGGGAUCAUGAUGCCCAGGGACUUGGAGAUGCCAAACACCAGGACUCUAGAUCUCAUGUUCUCCUGUGUUAAUUGGUACAGGGAGCUCAUCAGUGCCUACAUCACUGAAAAUGGAGAAUUGAUGAAGCCACAGGUGGUCCAGAGGCUCGACGAUUUGAUGCACCUCCAGGGGGAACUCAGUAAUACGUUAUCACUGGCUGAGACCAGAUACCAGCCUCCUCCCUGUUAUUUUCACAGGUCUCCACCUCCGGCGUUCAAUCGCGUAGAAAAAAAACUGGGUAAGAAGCCUGGAAAAAAGGUGGAUAAGAAUACAACAGCCACUGGGGGAAUCCCUGAGUGGGAGGGCUGGGAGAAUGGAUCCCUCAUGACCAUCAAGAAUCCCAUGUACUUUAGAAGACUUGACGCUACAAUCGUUCACUUUUUGGAUACCGAGAUCAGCAAAAAAUUGUCCUCUGGACAUGUCUGCUUCAUCGUUAAGGAACUCUCCUCCAUGCUGGAUGACGACAGCGUCACUAAUCAGGGGUUCAUCAGGGAACUCGUGGAGCUCCUCCCCAAGAUCAUGUGUAAAUUGAAUCAACUGGUGGAGGAACUUACGGAGAAGGACGAUGUCAAGCACAAACAGGCUGUCUGGCUUAUUCUCUCGCUGCUGGCCAAGUUAUUCAACUGGAAGGGAUUUGAGUCUGCGAGUCACUGGGGAUUACUGAGGGCAGGACUCAGGAUCCUCGCUAGUCAGACUGACGAGGCCAACAGAUCACUUAAGUAUUCCAGGGAGCUCGUCGCGGAGGCGUAUCCGUACUUCGAAGGACUUGCUGUGAUCGCUUCGCAGAUCCCGAUAGCCCACGCCCUCGUCAACAUGUGCAAGACCCUGAUGAAGCACUCGGAGACCUUUACUAAAGAGCAAAAGGACAGACAGGCGAAAAUGGCUUAUACUUAUCUGUGUCUUGAGUGGACUGGGGACAAGCAUUUAGGGAGUCUGUACAAAGCUGCUGUCACGGGGCUGUUGAAAAAUUGGAUGGAUCAUGAGCCCGAUCCCCUCACAACUGUCUCUGAAGUUCUGGAGUGGCUGCCGCAAGAGGUUGAGGGGAUGGAGACCACAACUGCUAAACUCACUAAACUUCCAACGAUUAACAGAAGUAAUUUCCAUUAUCUGUACCAAAAGCUGUUCGAUGGACUCCUGAAGGGGGCGAAGAUCGCCCUGACAGCUGCCGAUGGUAAUACACCAAAGCUCCAGGUCUGGAGGACUGUGGGGAAGAAUGUACAGUUACUUGUGAAGGUCUGCAAGGCCCUUCCCACCAGAGGAACUCUUCUUAGUUAUCUCAGGCUCAUGCCACACCUUCUGAAGAUGUUCCUUGUUGUUGGAAUGCCCACUCUUGAACACGAUCUCAGACACAAGCCUGAGGAAGUCACUGGCAUUCUCAAGAUGAUGCAAGUGGGAACCAGAUACCUCAAUGUUGUCUGUUGUCACAGCACCCAGAGGAAGGACAUGGCUCUCACCAAGCUCGUCCCUGCUGCGAAAAUCAUUCUCGAGCAACUCGUUUAUAGUGUCAAGGGAAUGCUCGUCAUGAACAAUAGCAGCACUGCUUUCUGGAUGGGAAAUCUUGUUAAUAAAAAUUUAGAUGGACAGGAAAUUUUUUCACAGAAUUCAACGACUUCUGAAGAUCCCACGAUCCCUGAAAUCAGUACUGAUAACAACGCAUCGAGUGGAGACGAGUCAGUCUCUGAUAUUCUCGGGGAAGACGAUGAUACCAACGAUACUAAAGAUGGGUCUGUCGAUAGCUAGAGUUUUCUUUAUUUUCUAUAAA